UCCUCUCGCAAUUUUCCGUACCAGGGCAGGAGUCGCUUAGAGAUCUGCCGAGUAUUUCUGUAGCUGAGCGCGCUGGGGCUCAUUUCCCACGUGGUGAUGAACUCAGACUGCUACACGGUAAACGGCAGCCGAAGCUCUCACCUCCGGUCACAUCAUGGCUCUAAACCAGAUUGAGCUGAGCAUACCGAGAAUUUCCCCGCGUUGAUUGGAGUGACCUGAAAGGAAAUCCUCAACCGGUUUCGAGAGUCUGGCACGUUCGAAAGUAGUAGGUCGUAAACUCGUUGUCGUGAGUUACACAGAGUGACCAUCAUGCGUAUCGAACUCAAUCGGUCGUCGUUGGUGGUAGUGCUGCGGGUAUUACUAUUGCCUUUGUGCUUUACUGUUGAGUGUGGGGCCAAAGCAGCCGCCACCUCUGGCGCACCUACUGUGACGCUCGCCAAUGGCUCCUAUUACGGUCGCUAUAGCGCUGAAUAUGGCCAAGACUACUUCCUCGGUGUCCCCUUCGCGCAACCGCCUGUUGGGAACCUUCGUCUCGCCGCACCACAGCCUCUCAAUACCACUUUCGAUGAGCCACAGGGCGCCACCGCGUACGGGCCGGAAUGCAUCGGUUACGGCUUCGACCAAUGGAUUCUAGGAAAUGUCAUCAGCGAGGACUGUUUGACGAUCAACAUUGUACGGCCUUCUGGUGUGGCCGAGGGCGACGAUCUGCCUGUUGCCGUGUGGAUUCAUGGAGGUAGCUUCGUCAACGGAGGCGGAUUAGACCCUCGUUUCAACCUUUCUUUCAUCGUGGCUGAGUCUGAACGACUUGGUUCCCCCAUAAUUGCGGCAAGCAUUCAAUAUCGUCUCUCGAAUUGGGGUUGGCUUUUCAGCCGCGAGCUCCAAGAGGCAGGCGCUGGCAACCUGGGCCUUCGAGACCAGAGGUUGGCUUUGCAAUGGGUGCAGGAGAACAUCGGCUCAUUCGGCGGUGACGCAAGUAAGGUUACCGUCUGGGGAGAGAGCGCUGGUGCCUUCUCGGUCGGGUUUCAUCUCAGCGCAUAUGGCGGGCGUGAUGACAAGCUGUUCAGAAGCGCGAUUCUGGAAAGCGGAAGUGCAGCUGCUGUGAGGAUGACAAAUGUAACAGAAUGGCAGCCAUAUUUCGAUGCGGUAGUUGGUGAGGCCGGCUGUACCGAACAGACCGACGUCCUAAGUUGUCUCAGAGCCCUACCAUGGGAGACUCUCAAUGCCAUAUUCAACUCAACAACUUUCCCUGUCAGCAAACCGGGUAUAGGUGCAGUCAUUGAUGACGAUAUUUUCGUCGAGCAGGGUUCGACGCUGCUACGUCAAGGCAAGUUCGUGCAUGUACCGGUCUUGAUGGGAAUCAACACAGACGAGGGUGCAUCGUUCGCCACACAGGGCAUCAACACCACAAGCCAAUUUCUCAGCUUCGUCCGUGCUACAGGUGUGAAUAUCGGCAACGACACAACGGCCAGAAUCGCAGAGCUCUAUCCAGAUAACCCGGACCUCGGUCUGCCAGCUACGCUAAAGGGGACUCCUGCUGCCUACCCAUGGGGCUUGCAAUGGAAGCGAGUAGUGGCAUUCUAUGGUGACGCGCUCUUCCACGGUGGUCGCCGUCUUAUGGCAGAGGCUUUCGCACGAGCCAAGGUGCCGGUCUUCUCAUAUCGCUUUAACGUCCUAGUCAAUGGAAACCUGGCACAGCAAGGAUCGAAUCAUUUCAAAGAAGUCUCUUUCGUCUUCCACAACAUCCACGGCGAUGGAUAUGGCUUACCUGGUGGCCUUGCGAAGCCUUUGGAGGGCAAGGGGCCCGAAUUCUAUGAGCUUGCCGACAUCAUGAGCGGAUCAUGGAUCUCUUUUGUGGCAACCGGGGAUCCAAACACGCUUCUGCGCCAUCACACCAAUGCGACUGUUGGCAGUCCCCGAUGCGGCCAUACAUCUAAUUCCACCUGGCCUUUAUACACUCUUGAAAGCCCCAAGAACCUUGUGUUCGAUGUUAAUGUCACGAACCUGCUCUACGUGGAAAAGGACGAUUUUAGAAAAGAGCAGAUUGCCUACGUCAAUGAUGUAUGGCACCCAUAGUGAAUGGGCAAUCACGAAAAUCCCGAGUGGAAGUUCACAACUGUUCACACUUGGAUGUAUUGACUAAACUAGUACCAGAAGGAUAUAUGUCAUCUCUUCAGCGAAUAGAUUAGUAAAUUAUCCUGCAAUAAGUGCGGUAUAGCAGCGAAGUGACACUAUCAGUACCGCUAUUGCGAAUGUGCUCAGUUCUGGAUAACUCAC